AUGACUUCCACCCUCUCAUUCCCACAAACCCCAACAAUAAAAACAUACCACCAACCCAGCCCAACAGGCCAAAUCUACAUCCUCGACUCGUCCCCCUCCAACCCCCAUGCACUACCAACCCUCCUCCUCAUCCACGGCAACAGCUCCUGCACCCGAAUCUGGCACCCCCUCCUAACAACAACCCCCCUAACACGCACCCACCGCAUCCUGGCCCUCGACCUCCCCGGCCACGGCAACUCCGAAAACGCAUCCACACCGGAAGAAACAUACACGAUGCAAGGGUACGCAGAGUGUAUCCUGACUAUCCUGGCCGACCUAGGCAUUAGUCAAGUCUCGGUGCUAGGGUGGAGUUUGGGCGGGCACAUCGCUAUCGAAAUGCUAUCUCUUAUCCGGUCAAACCCUACCCCGAAGCUAAAGGUCAAUGGGAUUAUGUUAGUCGGUACGCCGCCUAGUCACACCCCGGACCAAGUUAUGCUCGCAUUUAGCAAGACACCGCCCUCGCCGGCGUUGCCGCUCGCUAGUAAAGAUACGCUUACUGCGGAGGAAGUCCGUAUCUACGCUACCGCGACAAGCGGGCCGCCGUACGAGAGCUGGCAGAUUGACGCUGUCGGCCGGACAGAGGGUGUUGCCCGGGCAAAUAUGUUCACGAGCUUUGCGGCGGGGCAAGGGGUUGAUCAAGUUGGUGUUGUUGAGGCUGAGGCAUUGAGGGGAGGAGACGGGGUUGUAUUUGCCGUUGUUAAUGGGACGGCGGAUCCGUUUAUUAAUUUGGAUUAUUUGGAUGGACUGGGGUGGGGGAGGUUGGUUGGUGGGGAGUGUGUGAGGAUGGAGGGGUUGGGACAUGCGCCGUUUUGGGAGGAUAGUGAGAGGUUUUUCCCGUAUUUGGUGGAGUUUUUGGGGGGGGUGUGA